AAGGCUGCGCUGACGCCGCGGCCUCGGGCGGGCGGGCAGCUGCGGCUUUUGUGCGGCGGCGGCGGCGGCGGCGGCGGCGGCGGCUGCGGCGGCCGAGGCGGCCGAGAAGGCGAGGCGGGGGUCGCGGGGUCGCCUGGCUCUGCCCAGCCCCGCGCAGCCGGCCCGCCCUGCCCUGCCCUGCCCUGCCCUGCGGCCGGGCCGCCGCGCCGCAUCCAUGUUUGAGUGCUGGGCUUCGUGUAUGUGACUUCACAUUCUCCCCUGAUGUGACGCUGUGAGCACUACCCCCCACUCUGGCCGGAGCACCCCGAGCAGCUCCCCGUCUCUACGGAAGCGUCUGCAGCUCUUGCCCCCCAGUCGGGCCCCACCUGAGCAGGACACAGGCACCAUGGUGGAGAAGGGCUCUGACAGCUCCUCAGAGAAGGGCGUGGUACCUGGGACCCCCAGCACCCAGAGCCUGGGCAGCCGGAACUUCAUUCGAAACAGCAAGAAGAUGCAGAGCUGGUACAGUAUGCUGAGCCCCACAUACAAGCAGCGCAACGAGGACUUCCGGAAGCUGUUCAGCAAACUCCCUGAAGCCGAGCGCCUCAUCGUGGAUUACUCCUGUGCCUUGCAGCGCGAGAUCCUCCUCCAGGGUCGCCUCUAUCUCUCGGAGAACUGGAUCUGCUUCUACAGCAACAUCUUCCGCUGGGAGACGACAAUUUCCAUCCAGCUGAAGGAAGUGACGUGUCUCAAGAAGGAGAAGACGGCCAAGCUGAUCCCCAACGCCAUCCAGAUCUGCACCGAGAGCGAGAAGCACUUCUUCACUUCCUUUGGGGCCCGGGACCGCUGCUUCCUCCUCAUCUUCCGCCUGUGGCAGAAUGCGCUGCUUGAAAAGACGCUGAGUCCCCGUGAGCUCUGGCACUUGGUGCAUCAGUGUUACGGCUCAGAGCUGGGCCUCACCAGUGAGGAUGAGGACUACGUCUGCCCCUUGCAGCUGAACGGUCUUGGGAGCCCAAAAGACGUGGGAGAUGUGAUCGCCUUGAGUGACAUCACCCCCUCGGUGCCCGCAGACUGCAGCCAGGAGCCUAGCCCAGUGGGCUCACGCCGAGGCCGACUCAGCCAGGAGCCUAGCCCAGUGGGCUCACGCCGAGGCCAACUCACCCCCAACCUUUCCCGGGCCAGCAGCGAUGCAGAUCACCUGGCCGAGGAGGACAAGGAAGAGCAAACAGACAGCCAGCCAGAUGCCUCCUCCAGCCAGACAGUGACCCCAGUGGCUGAACCCCCAAGCAGAGAGCCCAGCCCGCCUGACGGGCCCACAUCCCCGGGCCCUUUGGACCUGCUGCCCAGUGAAGAGUUGUUGACGGACACAAGUAAUUCCUCCUCUUCCACCGGGGAGGAAGCUGACCUGGGCGCCCUGCUUCCCGACCUUUCUGGCCGGCUUCUCAUCAACUCAGUCUUCCACGUGGGUGCGGAGCGGCUGCAGCAGAUGCUCUUCUCAGACUCACCCUUCCUGCGGGGCUUCCUGCAGCAGUGCAAGUUCACAGAUGUGACCUUGAACUCCUGGAGUGGGGACAGUAAGUGCCACCAGCGCCGAGUGCUGACCUACACCAUUCCCAUCAGCAACCCUCUGGGCCCCAAGAGCGCCUCUGUGAAGGAGACACAGACGCUGUUCCGGCGUGGCCCACAGGCAGGUGGGUGUGUGGUGGACUCAGAGGUGUUGACGCAGGGCAUCCCCUACCAGGACUACUUCUACACUGCCCACCGCUACUGCAUUCUGGGCCUGGCUCGAAACAAGGCCCGGCUGCGUGUGUCCUCUGAGAUCCGCUACCGGAAGCAGCCCUGGAGCCUGGUGAAGUCUCUGAUUGAAAAAAACUCCUGGAGUGGCAUCGAAGACUACUUCCACCACCUGGAGCGCGAGCUUGCCAAGGCUGAGAAGCUGAGCCUAGAGGAAGGAGGGAAGGACGCCCGGGGACUGCUGUCUGGCUUGAGACGACGGAAGCGGCCUCUGAGCUGGAGGGGUCAUGGUGACGGCCCCUCACACCCUGACCCCGACCCCUGUGCCCGGGCUGGCAUGCACACCUCUGGCUCCCUCAGCUCCCGCUUCUCAGAACCAUCUUUGGACCAGGGCUCGGGGGCCAGCAUCCCCAGCACCCUGGUUCUCAUCAGCAUCGUCCUCAUCGUCCUCAUUGCCCUCAACAUGCUCCUCUUCUACCGCCUCUGGUCCCUGGAGAGGACGGCCCACACCUUCGAGUCCUGGCACAGCCUGGCCCUGGCCAAGGGCAAGUUUCCUCAGACGGCCACGGAGUGGGCGGAGAUCCUGGCCCUGCAGAAGCAGUUCCACAGCGUGGAGGUGCACAAGUGGCGGCAGAUCCUGCGGGCCUCCGUGGAGCUCCUGGAUGAGAUGAAGUUCUCACUGGAGAAGCUGCAUCAAGGCAUCACUGUCUCAGACCCACCCUUCGACCCUCAGUCACGACCCGAUGACGGCUUCUCCUGAGGAUCCCUGGCCACAUGGCAAUCCCCCGAAGUGGACAGAUGGACACAGAGCCUCGGUGGCCACUGCUGGCACGGUGUGAGCACCGGGAGCCCCUCGCCCACCCCUUCCAGUGGCCCAGUGAGGGGCCACACAGACAUGGGGACCACAGAGCCCAGAUGCACUUUAGACCAGCGUACACCCAGCCAGCCACUGUUGCCUGCCCGCUGGGGGCUGACCUGACUGUUGGCAGGCCCUGCUAACUUAUUUUGCCCAGCUGGGGUGGUGGGGUGCACGAUUGCCUCAGUGCUGGGUUUACUGUAUUAUAUUUAUUUGGGGCUGACAGGGCCCUAAUAAAGGGUUGGAAAUGA